AUGUGGCAAGCGGUUUUUGCGGCAGCAGUAGCAGCUUCCACCGGGCUGCUUGCCAAAAAUCACAUCUUCAACUUCAAACCCGCCACCGAUUCUUCCGAUCCCACCGCCGAUCACAAUGCGGAGCCCCACCCAAACACUAACACUAACCUCUCCAUCGCUUCCGCAUUUCAGUCUGAGCUGCCUCCCUGGGAGAUCAGCGACUGCGAGGAGCAACCAGAAGGGACGAUCUUUAGGUUUUCGAGCAAGGGUCGGGGCGAGAGUGGGACCCGGUUUCGCUUGAGGAAGGGGACCCGGUCGAAGAAGAAGAAAGGGGUUGGUGUUGAGGCUGAGAGAUCUAAUGGUGCGGAACAGAGGAGGACUGCUAGGAAAGUUGGUGUUUGCUUGAAGAAGAGGAAGACUGGUAAGAGUGUAGCUGCUGCCAAAUGUAGAUCGUCUUCUUCCGCAGAUACCUCCUUAUUUAAUUGGGGACUUAAUGUUGGGAUCAUGUACAUGAUGUCUGCUGGAAAAGCUGAGAUCAAUAAGCUGAACACAGCCAUGGAUGAGACUGCAAGAAUUGUACAUGAAUUAAAAUCAGAGCUUCAUAAAAGAAAAUCACCACAAAAGCUGCAAGCUUCAGAUUCUGCUAGUGAAGACAGUAUGAACGAUCAGACAACUAGCUACAAGCUUACUCAUCCAGGACUAAACAAGUCAAGUUCAGAAACGAGAGGCCCCAAUGAUAUGAGAAUUUCCAGUUUUCCUGUAUCUGAUGGCGAAUGUGCAAGUAGUGUUCUUACGGAGGAGCAGGAGCCAGAGCCAGAAGUUAUGGACAUGGAUCAAUUGGAAGCAGAACUUGAGUCUGAACUUCAAAAACUUCCAUGGUGCAUCACGGAAGCUCCUUGCCAAGAGGGAUUGAGUAAUCUGGGUGAGGAUAUUGUCCCUGAGCUAGAGGGACAGGGUGUUGAUACUCAGCAGUUCCAUGGAGUAUUGCCAGCUCAACUAGAUCAGAAACUAUGCCAUGUGCUCAUCGAACAGCAGGAAAGCCAAAUUGUGGAGCUGGAAUCUGAACUUCACUCAGCUCAAUCAAAACUCCAAGAGAAAGAAACUGAACUUCAAUCAUUGAAGGACUGCGUUAGACGCCUGACCGAGUUAUCUCUUUCAAAUAAGCAUUGUUUCCCAGAUGAUGAAACCGAGGCACGCAAUGGACAAGAGCAAGCCACUGAUUGGAAUUACAACAUGCAGAGAUCUGAGUCAACAAAACCAACGGUUGGGAUGAAGAGACCCUAUUGA